GCUGCCAGCAGCCCGCCGAUAAAACUCCGCGAGCGCGCUGCCGUUCCGGUCCACGGCGCCACCGUUUUCCUUCCUUCUCCGGUUUGCCAAGCUACGCCCCCGCCCGCGCCGGCGUCGUCUGUUCUGCGCACGCGCCCCUCGGAAAGAGAGAGAAAAAGGGAGAAUGGCUCCGUUCGCGCAUCCUCCCUCCACCUCCACGGAACCCUAGAGGACGAGCAGAUAAGCAGCUGGAGUCGAGCCCGCGAUCGUGGUUGUUCCUGGUCCAAUCGCAGCCAUGGAUUUCAUGAAGGUGCUCGAUCAGACCGUCCGGGAGAUAAAGAGGGAGGUGAAUCUCAAGGUCCUCAAGGUGCCGGAAAUUGAGCAAAAGGUUCUUGAUGCCACAAGCGAUGAACCAUGGGGGCCUCACGGGUCCGACUUGUUAGACAUUGCCCGGGCCACCAAAAGAUAUGAUGAAUGUGCAAUGAUCAUGAAUGCGUUGCGGCAACGGCUGGGGAACACUGGUGCAAAUUGGCGUCAUGUGUAUAAGGCAUUGGUUGUGAUUGAGUAUCUUCUUGCUAAUGGUACUGAACGUGCUGUCGAUGAAAUUACUGACAAUAGCUCAGAGAUUGCGAAACUUACGAGUUUCGAGUAUAUGGAGUCUAAUGGAAAAGAUGCUGGGCUCAAUGUGCGAAAGAAGGCUGAAACAGUUCUAUCAAUUGUGGAUGACAGGGAUAAACUUCAACAAGUCAGAGAGAAGGCUGCUGCUUCGAGGGAUAAGUACUUCGGUUUGUCAUCGACUGGGGUAACAUGCAAGUCAAGCGCAGCAUCAUUUGGCAGUGGCAGCUACUCAUCUGGUGGUUGCUAUGGGAGCGAACAUAGUUCAAAGGAAGCUGAUACAUCCAGGGAUAGCUGCAGAGGCAACAUCCGUAAUGAACCAAUUCCGGAUUUUAGAAGCACUAGACAAAUGUCGAUAGGACACACGAGCAGUACAACUGACUAUAACUCAAGAAAGGGACAAAGGCAUCGCAGGAGAAAUCAAGAUUCCUCAACAUCACACCUAAAAUCAUCAUCAAAUCUUAGCUCCACAUCUGGAGGCCCAAGUUCACAGAAAGUGAACAACGAAGAUGACGAUGACUUUAACCCACGAGGGCCUUACGCAUCUGGUCCGUAUUCCUACUUCAUCUCCAACAUUCUAUUGUGA